AUGAUAAGGAAAAGGGGUGAUAAGAUUGAGCACACAACUGCAUAUCUUUCAACUUCACAAAAGAUCGUCUUUCAAGAGACUGAUCGAGAAGAACUUUAUGAAGAAUGUGUAGAGAAAAUGAUAAAGAGUUUGGAAAAGUUUGAAAGAAAUGGGAGUGGGUGGAAAUUUCAUCGUGUUGAGGGUCUGGAUUUGCAUAUGGUGAAAUACACCCCUCUGAAAGGUUCUUCUUACAUUAAGCUGCCAAAGCAUCUUGCAGAUAAGAAGGCUAUAAUAAACAUGGAGAACGAGGAUGAUGAAUGUUUCAAGUGGUGUGUCACGAGAGCUUUCAAUCCUGUUCAAAGUCAUCCUAGUCGUAUCACAAAGAUUUUGAGAAAACAGGCAGAAAAACUCGUGUGGGAUGAGAUUAAGUUUCCAAUGGAGGUGAAGAGCAUUCACCGCUUUGAAAAGUUGAAUCCAGAGAUCGGUGUCAACGUAUACAUGUAUGAAAACGGGCUUAAUCCCUUGAGAGUGAGCAGCAAAGGCUCGAGUAGAACUAUAAUUGAUCUUCUUCUCAUUGAAGAUGGUGACAAAAGGCAUUAUUGUCUCAUCAAAAAUUUGAGUCGACUCGUAUCGAGUGAGUUGUCAAAGAAGAAGGCGAAGAAGUAUAUAUGUAGGAGGUGUCUUAAUUAUUUCGGUUCUCAGCGACUUCUUGACACACACAGUGAGUUGUGUCAAGAUCAUGAGGCUGUGAGAGAGAAGAUGCCAAAAGCGGAUACUCUCCUCUCUUUCAAAAACCAUCACAAGAAGAUGGACAUGCCGUUUGUCAUCUAUGCUGAUUUUGAGUCAAUCAUUAAACUAUUGCACUCAGCUCAACCUAAUCCUGAAGAGUGUUACACAGAAAAGAAGUCUCAACAUAUUCCGGUAAGUUUUUGUUACUACAUCGUGUGUUCAUUUGACGAUAGAUACUCAAAACGGGUUGAAUACACAGCAAAGUCUGAGAUUAAAGAUGUUGCACAAAAAUUCGUUGAAUCGCUUGAAGCGGAGGUUAAGUCUAUUUACGAAGAUCAUCCUCCUAAAAAGAUGAUCUUCACAGACAGUGAUGCUGUCGAAUUUGAAAAUGCGACGUGUUGUUGGUUAUGCAGAGAAGAUUUUGAAGAGGGGAAAGACAAAGUGCGCGAUCAUUGCCAUUACACCGGUAAAUUUCGAGGGGCUGCACAUAACAGCUGCAACCUGAAAUUCCAACGGCCAAAGUUCAUACCUGUCGUGUUGCACAACUUGGCAAACUAUGACGCCCAUCUCUUCGUUAGAAAUCUUGGCGUUUCAGAGGGUGAGAUUGAUUGCAUACCAAACAACGAAGAGAAAUACAUUAGCUUCACAAAACACGUUGUGGUUGACAAGUUUUUCGAGGAAGACAACAAACUCGUUGAUGUAAAGAGAGAGUUGAGGUUCAUUGACAGCUUUAAAUUCAUGCCUUUCAGUCUUGACAGGCUUGUCGCGAACCUUGCUACAAAGGGCAAGCCUUUCUUUCGAAAUACAAGAAAAUAUUAUUCUGGAGAGAAGCUUAAUCUGCUGAUGAGAAAGGGUGUUUAUCCUUAUGAAUGGAUGGACUCUAUACACAAGCUUGAUGAGCCACAACUUCCACCGAAAGAAGCUUUCUUCUCUGUGUUAAGUGGUGAAGGUAUCUCGGAUGAAGACUAUACCCAUGCUCAAAAUGUAUGGAGAGUCUUUGGAUGUAAGACAUUCCGAGAUUACCACAAUCUCUACAACAGAAGUGAUGUGCUUUUACUUGCCGAUGUGUUUGAAAACUUUCGAAAACUUUCGAAAACUUUGCAAAAAGAACUACGAUCUCGAUCCUUGCUGGUACUUCACCGCACCGGGUUUGGCUUGGGAUGCUUGUCUCAAGUUGACUAA